UGGAGACCCAGCCCUGCUACUGUCACAUUUCAGUGAUGUCACAGCUGCAGGUGGUACAGAGCCAGCACCACCAUCUGAUGCCCAGCCUGAGUGCUGGCUGAACUGAGAGGAGCAGGGUGGGUGCCUGGCACUGGUGUUGCUCCAUUCGUCUCUGAGGUCUCACAGCCCCAGCAUGAGUCCAUCAGCAAAGAAGAGGCCCAAGAAUAGCAGGGUUUCCAAGAUGCAAGAUGAGAAACCACAGGACAAGACAGAGCAGCCUCUGAGCAAAGUAAUUGAGCGGAACCGUCUGAGAACGGUGUUAAAAAACUUGUCGCUCUUGAAGCUACUCAAGAGCUCGAACCGCCGGAUCCAAGAACUGCAUAAGCUGGCCAAAAGGUGUUGGCAUUCACUGCUCAGUGUUCCAAAGAUUCUCCGAAUCUCCUCUGGGGAAAACAGUGCCUGCAAUAAAGCGAAACAAAAUAAUGAAGAGUUCCAGGAGAUCGGGUGCUCCAAGAAGGAACUCAAGUCCAAGAAAUUAGAGUCCACAGGGGACCCUAAGAAAAAAGAGUACAAGGAGUGGAAGCCCCAGGUGCAGUCAAGGAUGAGUAACAAGGCAAAAACGUCAUCGGCGGCAAUGCCAUGGAAAGAAAAGCAUGUAGAGCCUGAGGUUCCAAGGACAUCGAGAGAUCAUGGCUUGAACCUUGGAGCCCAGGGGAGGCAACUACUCACUGAGGGCCCCCGAGUCAUCUUCAUUAAGCCCUACCACAAUAGAACUCCCAUGGGGCACAUGAAGCAGCUGAAUGUAGCCGACCAGUGGAUCUGGUUUGAGGGGCUGCCCACACGAAUCCACCUCCCGGCACCCCGGGUGAUGUGCAGAUCCUCCACCCUGCGUUGGGUCAAGCGCCGCUGCACCCGCUUCUGCUCCGCAUCACUUGAAAUGCCUAUGUGGCAUCCAUACAAGGUUGAUGUGACCAGGACGGGAGCCAGAGGUGCGAGCAGAGGGUGGAGAUCGCGCAGUCAGCUUAAGGGGAGGGAUGGGUGGCGAAAUUCACGAGUCUACAAAUAAAAUCUUCCAUAUGGCACCUAAGAUGAAUACUGCUUACUCUGCCUGUUUGUCUGGGGCUGGGAAGGAUGAAGGAAAGAGGCCUUCGGUAGAGGGAGCCUGUGUCGCGACUUCAGGCUUCCCCCACCUCCACCCCCUGGCCCCGAAGGUCAGUCUAGAACCAAAUAAGCCAGCGAGCUGCACCCCUCCCCCACCUCCACGAGCUGGUCUCCUGAGUGGUGCGCUCUAUGAAGUCAGGGCGCUCGUGUGCUUCCUGGAUGCAAGGUGCCUCACAAUCGCCCCGUGAGCCCACAAGAGGAAACCGCGGCACGGAGGCAGAAAGUAACUUGUCCAGGCUCACUCAGCUAGAAAGUGGCAGGAGCAAGGGCUCCUGGUUGCUCCCCAUUCCAUUUUCCCAAGAAAGGGAAAAGGUGAAAUGACAGCCUGCUCAGAAGUCACGAGGCAGGAGGAAUAGCCCCAGCACCCUGUGGGUCAUGCGCGUGCAUUGCGACCUGAUUGUCAAAAAAUGAUUGUCAAAAACUGAUUGCAUUGCGGCUGGUGUCAAAAAGUGGAUGUCAGCUGGGCCUCCAAAUGUGUCGUGCCUUCGUCACAGAUCAUAGAAGGCACCGGAUCAGGCGGAGGAGCUGGUACUGCAUCUCUACUGCUCCAGCAUGACAUGGCAGGUCCACCCUCAAUCCGAAGACCUCAACCCCAAGCCCUGGUCGACCCCAUCUGGCCGGGGUCACCCUCUGUCGGUCCCCAGGGCCCUGCUUCUGAGAUUCCGUGGUCCCUGGGCUGCCAGCACAAGGUGUUCCACACCUGUGCACUGACUGCCCUCUGGGCCUGGCAGAAGGAAGCUACUGACCUGGGAGUCACUGAGGAAGGAGUCCAAGGGGAUUCCUGUCCAGGGGAGCCUGUUUGAGCUGUGUACCCUCCAGGAUGUUGGGAGUCCCGGAGCUUCAGAUUGUACCCCCUGAUGUCUGCUGGCUGCCAUCCUGGCUCUCAUUUGGCACUGAUAUGGACAGGGCUGCCUAGAGCGAGGGGUUAGAAGUACCCUCUGAGCCAGACAUCCCUUUUUCCUUUCCUGUUCUCCUUUAAGGGUAAUAAACUAUUCUGAGCAUCA